AAUUUAAUUUAAUCUUGAAAAGGAGCCAGGGAUCCUUGAUCUCUGGCAGAAUCGUGUUGUGGUUCCAUUGCAGACUGUGGUUCUUAUUCUUCCACUUUCAGGUUUAAGCGCCACUCUGUGUCUCUUUGUCGCCGCUGCAGCUGGAACCUCAACUUUUGUUGUCACCAAAAGCAGAAUGAGUGGCCGAUGGAGGUUUUCCCUCUUCUACGCAUUCUUCAGAACCCGACACCCUUUUCGCCAAUUCCCAAUUGCCCCCUUCACUUCAUCGACCCACCCUGCGUGCACCUCGAAGUUCCACUCUUUUUCCUCAAUCCCCAGCACCCACUACGCGAUUCGGCACAAUCCAAGGAGUUUCAGUGGUGGGUCGGCCGAGUUAGACCACACCAAGGAGGUGGACACCAUCAACCUUAAGUUUGCCGAGGCGAGGGAAGAGAUAGAGAUGGCGUUGGAGUCCAAAGACACCGUUUAUUUCAACGAGGAAGCCGAGUGUGCACGCGACGCCGUCAAUGAGGUUUUGGGCAUGUUCGAGAAGUUGUUGGCCAAGUUGCCGGAGAAAGAAAGAGGGGCUUUGCAGAGGUCUAUGGGUCUCAAGAUUGAACAAUUGAAGGCUGAAGUUGCACAAUUGGAUGAGUAAGAUUUUGGUAUUUGAUGGUUGUGACUUGUGCCCAACAUUUUUUAACCAUGAGUGGCUAGUUGAAUAUUUUUAAGGUGUUUCAUUGGCUGUAGUUUUGAAUAAUGAACGCAUUGGAAGCCAAGCCAACGGUUCAUCACUUAUUUGCGAGGACUGACUAUUGUUGUUCUUUUCAUUUAAAGGCAUGUUCGUUUUGUGAUACAAACUAUUGGAUUUUUGUGAUAGUGCCAGGAAACUAGUUUAUUGAGGUGCUUAUAAGAUAUUAGGAACCUGCAACUAACAAUCAAUAAACUUAUUUUAGUAAUGAUAAUAA